UGUGCUUGAUUUUCCUCGCCAAGUUCUUCUUUUUACCCUCUUCCUAAUCGUCGAUUCCCUAAAAAACCCUAACCACAAAACGCCCCCAAUUGAAAAUCCAAUCUUUCAUUUCAACGUUACUCUAUAUCACAUUUCAAAUUUCUCGAGCAAUAGUUUCGAUUGCUUCGCCAGCAUGACGGCGUCCAACAAGAGAAACUACAAGGAGAAACCAAUUCGCCGCAAAGAAGAAAAACCGGAAGAACCGGAAGUGCCAAAAUACAGAGAUCGAGCUAAGGAGCGAAGAGAAGAUCAAAAUCCUGAUUAUGAACAAACUGAACUUGGGUUUCAUGCAGUUGCUCCACCUGGUACUGUGGAUCUUCGGUCAUCUGAUGCGCACAAGUUAUCUAUUGAGAAGAGCAAGUACCUUGGAGGCGAUGUGGAGCACACACAUUUGGUCAAAGGUUUGGAUUAUGCUUUGCUGAACAAAGUAAGAAGUGAGAUAGAGAAGAAACCAGAUGCUGGGGAUGAUACUGAUGGGAAAUCAAGGUCAACAAAGGAAGAUCAACAAGUGUCAAUUCGUACAGCAACUGCUAAGUCAGUUUAUCAGUGGAUCGUCAAGCCUCAAACAAUCAGUAAGACAAAUGAAAUGUUCCUCCCUGGUCGAAUGACAUUUAUUUAUAACAUGGAGGGUGGAUACCAUCAUGAUAUUCCAACAACCUUGCAUCGUAGUAAAGCUGACUGUCCAGUGCCAGAGGAAAUGGUUACAGUUAAUGUUGAUGGAUCCGUUCUAGAUCGAAUUGCUAAAAUAAUGUCAUAUCUUCGUCUUGGUUCUUCUGGGAAGAUCCUAAAGAAGAAAAAGAAGGAAAAAGAUGCAAAAGGGAAGAUUUUGGCCGUUGGUAAUGGAUAUGACAAAGAGGAUAAGCCAUCAAAGGUUGAAAGUGGAGCAAAACAUCAAGCUGAAAAAGAAAUAAUCCCACCUCCUCCGCCUCCCAUAAAGAAAAAUCCUCUUCAUUCAAGAGAGAAACAAGGCCCAGCUGUUGCUAGGGAUGAUGACAUUUUUCUAGGUGAUGGUAUUGACUAUGAUGUACCUGGUAAGGACUUGAGCCAAACUCCUGUCUCCGAGGACAUGGAAGAGUCUCCUAGGAACAAAGAAAAACCUUCAUAUUUCGAAGAACCUACUUAUGGUCCUGUCCCACCUUCGAUGCUUCCCCAAGGGUGGCAAGAAACUAAUGGAUACGAUGUAAUGCAAACACAAGCCUUGGCUGGCGGUUACCAAGGAGAGUGGCAAGAGUACCAGUAUGCUGAACAAUUGGCUUACCCAGAUCAAUAUCUUCAACCAAAUAUGCAGACCUAUGAUGUGCAAGGAGGUGUAAAUCUUCCACAAGAUCCACGCUUUAUGACACAAGAAGAGAAGGACCGAGGUUUGGGAUCAGUGUUUAAGCGAGAUGACCAGAGACUUCAACAGCUGAGGGAGAAAGAUGCCCGUGAAAAAGAUCCCAACUUCAUUUCAGAGAGUUACUCUGAAUGUUACCCAGGAUAUCAAGAAUAUAACCGUGAGAUAGUGGACAGUGAUGAUGAAGACGACUUGUCCAAAAUGGAUAUGGGUGGUAGGGCAAAGGGUCGCCUUCAUAGAUGGGACUUUGAAACUGAAGAGGAAUGGGCAACUUACAAUGAGCAGAAGGAAGCAAUGCCAAAAGCUGCAUUCCAGUUCGGUGUGAAGAUGCAAGAUGGCCGGAAGACCCGAAAGCAAAACAAGGACCAGAAGCUCAAUAAUGAUCUGCACAAGAUCAAUAAGAUACUUGCCAGAAAGAAGAUGGAAAAGGACACAAAUGGAGAGGGGGGCCACCAUUAUGAUGAUGAACCGACACCUGGAAAGAAGCUUCGAAUAUGAGUUCUAGUCACCAUAUUGUAAUGUUAAUAGAAUGAGAUGAGAAUUGCGUUUAUAUCUCAAGAUGAUGGAUUAGUAUGAUCAAUUUUUCUCCUUUAAUGGAAAUCUUAUUCAUGUUUUCUAUGAAAAUAAAUAGCAAUAAGAUCAACCCAAUGUGUUAAAUGA